AUGGGAGACCAAGAUGGUCGUAGUUCGACCUCAGCUAGCAGGGAAGGCUCUAGUAUUGUGAUAACUUUAACUGACCCAGGACUGCUAGAUUGCCCAAUAUGCUGUGCACCCUUGACCAUCCCUGUCUUCCAGUGUGAUCAGAAUGGGCAUAUAGCUUGUUCCUUGUGCUGCAUCAAAAUCAAUAACAAAUGCCCCUUCUGUUCCUGCCCCAUUGGCUCUAAUCGUUGCCGUGCCAUUGAGAAAGUUGUGGAAUCAAGUUCAACACCAUGCCGAAAUAUCAAGUAUGGACAAACUUGCAAUAUUCCAGUUACUUACAACAAGAAGAAUGAACAUGAAAAGACAUGUGUGUGUUCACCUUGCUCAUGCCCUUAUCUAGGCUGCAUGUUUGUUUCCUCUGCCAAGGAGUUAUACCAACACUUCAGUAAUGAUCACUUGUAUUCGGCAAGACGCAUCCUGUAUGACAGAUAUGGCGGUCGUGCUUAUUUCCCAAUUAUAUUGAAAAAGAGUGACAGCGUUCUUGUUCUUCGGGAAAUGAAGAGCGAUACGUUAUUCAUCCUCCACAAUCGUAUUGAAGUUCUGGGAAAUGUUGUGACAGUUAGCUGUAUUCAACCUAGCUUCAUGGAUUAUUUUAACUAUCGUGUUUAUGUUGCUAACGACGACGACAAAAGUGUUCUGAAUUUUCAGUCUGUGACUAAAAGUACUCCAAGCCUGCAGGUUGAUGGCCCUUCUCCAAUCUGGUCUGGCAUUUCAGACUGA